GUAUCGAAACUUCGUCAAAUUGAAUAGUAUAGUCCCUUGAAAUUAUCUUUUGUGAUAACUUCUGGUUUUUGAUAUCAUAUUCGUGCAUACAUAGUUUUUUUUAAAUUUAAAUUACUGGUGCUUCCCACCCUGACCCUUUUUGUUUAAAAACAACAUGUGUCCUUGAACUUUUUAAUCAUCUUCCAAGUCUGUUAAUAAGAACUUUGCAUGAUUACAGAUAUCAAAAGAAACAAAGAAAACGAACAUAUCUGACCUAAACUAUGGCUGCGGAAAUAGCUUCGAUUGAGAACAGAACAAACAGACCUAAAUCGAAAUUCUCUUCCAAGGUUUUCCCGGCUAAAACUACAAAAGGAGAAGAAAUAUCAGUUAUACAAGAUGACAUUCAAGAGGACAAUAAGGGUUUUGCACUCAUGUAUGCCACGAAGAACAAAAAGAAACAAGCAGCUUUAAAACUCAUGGAGAGCGGAGCCGAUAUACACUUUAUUGAUCAAACAAAAUGCAAUGUAUUACACUACGCAGCUGGAGCAGGAUAUGAUGGUUUGGUUUUAAAACUUCUUUCCAAAGGUACCAGUGUUAACUUACAGGACUGUAAUGGUGAAACAGCGCUUCAUAAAGCUGCACGCUCGGGUCAUGAGAAAGCCGUUGUUGCUUUGGUAGCAAAUGAAGCAAAUGUUUAUGUAUUAAACUUGCAAGGUCAGACCUGCUUAGAACUAGCUGUCAUUGGUAGACAUGUAAAGAUUAUCGAAGCUUUGUGUCUUUUUGGAUCAGAUCUUGUCAUGCAAGACUGGCAAUGGUUAGAAGAAGCAAUAAAGUCACGUGAUAAAGAAGAUCAGUCUAUUGUUGAUAUAUUCCUGAAGCACAAUAAUCGUAUACUAGGAUUUAAGCAUGGUGGCAUAACAUUCGAUGUUAAAUACAUCGAAUCAGGAAGUGAUACGGAUAUGAAGAAAAUAGGAGCAACUCUGAUGUCAAAGAAGUCAACACACAAGCCUUACUACUUCUACUGCUCUAGAAUUCAUGUAGAAUACAUAAAUGUCCAGAAGUAUGUUAGUAAAGAGGAAAAACUGUUCAGUGAUACAUACGAGUGUAAAGCAUGGGGAAGUUCUGGUACUACAUUUAAUUUGAAAUUAAAACUGAGUGGAAUUCCAAACUCCAACGAAACCUUGAAAGUCAUUUCUCCAAAUGGAAAUGUCGUCAACAUCGACAGCUCCUCUCGGAAUGAAGAAACAAACCAUACAUAUGUGAUUGUUACUGUCAACAUCAAACAUGGUGCAGUUGUUACAUUCAUGUUUGUUACUAUUAAAAAACCGGAGGUAUUCGGCAUUACUAAGCGGGCAGUGACCAUUCAACCACAAUUGGAGCCGGAUGCUGUAAUAGAUAUACCUAAGGACACGUUUGAUUCUCCGGGAGAUCUUCUGUUUAAUGUGGUAGAGACUAAAGAUGUCGGCGUUGACGAUGGAGUAUCGAAUAGGGAAUCAUUUAUAGUUACAAAUAUAAUUGAUCUCUCCAUGAGUAACCACCAACAACCUAAACAACCAAUCGACGUAAAGUUACCAAUGCACUCGAAAGCAAAUGAAGAUAAUGACAUUGUUAUUUUAACUUCGUCUAAAGAAUAUCCAGAGAAAAUAAAAGAUUGGGAAAUCAUAGAAGCCAAAAAAGAGAAAAACCGCGCUUCCUUCAGAAUCUCGCAUUUCUCCAUAUUUACAGGUGUUUCAAAGAAAAAGGUUGAGACGGAUAUGGCCGGUGUAUGUAAAAGUAUACAAAAAGCUUUGAACAACGAACGACAAGUGGAAUUUUUUGCAUUGGCAAAAACGCUUUCUAGUGAUGAGUACGCAAUAGUUAUAGAAUGUGCCUUACAGAGAAAGGCAGCAAAGAGAAAGAAGGACUGGGAGAAACAGCAGUUUAGCCCUCAAAAAGUUGAAGGAAUGUGUCAUACAGUCCAGAUCAAUCAGUGGUUUCGAAUUAAGUUCGGCGGGAAUAUAAAAAUAGCAGGAACAGAGCAAUCAGAUACACAAAGGCUUAUGUUUCAUCCAAACAGAGAUAACUUCCAUAUUUUCAGCACUGAGUUAUUAGACAAACGCAAUCCUCCGACUGGACGAAUAGAAAUUGAACUGAUAGUAGAGACAGAACAGGAACCAAUCAUAGUUUUAGACAGUGAAAAUUGUUUCAAAAGUAAAGAAACAAUAAUAACAAGAGAUCCAAUCACGACUUACGCGAAUCUAACAUCCUUACCCAUGCACCUUUCUCCAGAAAAGGUAGCUCUCGUUCCACCCAUUGAACCCAUUGAAGUGAAGGUAGUCCAGCCUUUGACCGAUAAUGACUGUAUAAUAAAAGUUCUUAAGAUGAAUUCAUUAAAGGAACUAACGAAAAGACUUAACAUGACUGAGGCCCAGGAAGUAGCAACAUUUCUAAAAUUGACCCCAGCUGAAGUAGCAGCACUAGCUAGAGAUUUCCCUACAAUUGAUGACUUCUGUGAUGCAGUAUUCUGGAAAUGGAGGGGGAAGCGUCCAUAUGCAAGCCAGGCUUUGGCUCUGGGUAACGCAUUAGAAAGAAGUGGAAAAGCAUUGGAGGCAGCAGAGGUCAGAGCAGCUCACAAAGAAGAAAGACUAAUUUGUUUUGAUUGAUAAUUUAGUAGUACAUGGAUAACACAUAGACAAGAACAUUUAUUUAUUUUGAUAUUCUUUUUUCGUUCAUAAUUUUUUAAUAUUCUGGUAUUGAUUUGAGUUGGAAAAAUGCUGCUGAUUUUAUAAAUAUAUAUAUUUAAUAUAAGAACCAUUGGGGAACACUCGGAUUAUAGUUUUAUUCUUAAUAUACCCAUCCAAAACGCAACUGGUUGACAUUUCACCCGAAUGAAAAUCAAUAUAACGUCCUAUUUU